AUGACGGCAAGCUCGCCAUCUGACUGCUGGAGAGCCGUUACUUACGGCGGCAUCUGGUGCCAGGAGCGCGGCUCCGGGCUGCCGGCUGCCGAGCUCCUCUUCUGCGAUAAGUGUGGUAGAGGAUUCCGUCUGUCUUGCCGGCUGCCGAUCGUUGCCAGGGUGGCCUAUGGCCGGUGGUUCUGCCCGUCAUGCACCACCAACAAGGAGAUUAAAGAGUUUCCGUCGAGUCAAACAAAAAUAAUUGAUUUUUUCGGCAUUAGUCGACCGAUUAACGACCUGAAGCCAAAGAAAGAGACUACAAAAAGGCGGAGGAGGGCGGCGCCGCUGGCACUGAGGAAGAAGAGGAGGAAGUUUCUACCAUUCCAGCCGACGGAGGAUGCCCACAGGAGGCUGGAGCAGCUGGCCUCCCUGGCCACCGCCCUCACCACAGUAGGCGCCGAGUUCUGCAAUCAGCUCACCUACCUGCCCCUUGGCGUGGCCGCUCGUUCCGCCAACCGUGCCUCCCUCGAGCCUAGGCGCAUACAAGUCCUCCACAAGCAAGAUGCAGAAACCUUGAAUCUCUGCAAUGAGAUGAUUGCGAGAGGGGAAUGCCCCCCUUUAAUGGUUUCUUUCGAUGAAUAUGAAGGGUUUACUGUUGUGGCAGAUAGUUUCAUCAAAGGGAUGACCCUUCUUGCUGAGUACGUGGGCGACGUAGACUACUUGAGCAACAGAGAGUAUGAUGAUGGAGACAGCAUGAUGACCCUCCUCUUAGCUGCAGAUCCGUCAAAAAGUCUAGUUAUCUGCCCGGAUAAACGCGCAAAUAUUGCGCGUUUCAUCAACGGAAUCAACAAUUAUUUGGAGAGCAGCAGAAAGAGGCAGAACGUUAAGUGCCUGAGGUAUGAUGUCGACGGCGAGUGCAGAGUUCUGCUGGUGACUUUGCGAGGCAUAGCCAAAGGAGAGAAGUUAUAUUAUGACUAUAAUGGGGAUGAGCAUGAAUACCCAACCCACCAUUUUGUUUAG